GGGCUGCGGGAGGCGGCCGGGCGCCCGCGCCUCGCCAGGGCCACCGAAACAAAGGCGGCCGCCUCCGGGGCUGGGUGCCGGCGGAGGACCAUGACAGCCCGGGCUCGCCCGCUGCCCAGUCCCGCCGCCGGGAGGGCGCCGCGGUGAGCCGAGCCGGGACGCGGCCGCCGCCGGGCGUGGAUCCGAAGGUGCGCUCGCGCCGAACCCAGGCCAUCGAGGAGGGGCGGGCCAGGCCGCGAAGAUGUCCUCGGCCGUGGGGCCCCGGGGUCCCCGCCCGCCCACCGUGCCUCCCCCGAUGCCCGAGCUGCCCGACCUGAGCCACCUGACCGAGGAGGAGAGGAACAUCAUCCUGGCGGUGAUGGACCGGCAGAAGGAGGAAGAGGAGAAGGAAGAAGCCAUGCUCAAGUGUGUGGUCAGGGACAUGGUGAAGCCUGCUGCCUGCAAAGCCCCAAGAAAUGUUGAACACCAGCCCCACCAGCCUCCACCGAGAUUGCAUCAACAAUUUGAAAGCUAUAAAGAACAAGUGAGGAAAAUAGGGGAGGAAGCGCGGCGCUACCAGGGAGAGCACAAGGACGAUGCUCCAACCUGCGGGAUUUGCCACAAGACCAAGUUCGCGGAUGGCUGUGGCCACCUGUGCUCCUACUGCCGCACCAAGUUCUGCGCGCGCUGUGGGGGCCGCGUGUCUCUGCGGUCCAACAACGAGGACAAAGUGGUUAUGUGGGUAUGCAAUUUGUGUCGAAAGCAACAGGAAAUCUUAACCAAGUCAGGGGCGUGGUUCUUCGGCAGCGGCCCUCAGCAGCCCAGUCAGGACGGAACGCUCAGCGACACGGCUACAGGGGCGGGUUCCGAGGCGCCUAGAGAGAAGAAAGCCCGGCUCCAAGAGCGCUCGAGGUCGCAGACCCCCCUGAGCAGCGCCGCGGCCUCCGCCCAGGACCAGGCUGCUCCUGGCGCACAGAUGGACAGGACCAAGGGCGCUGAGCCCGCCCCACAAGCCGGGGGCCCUGAGCAGAAGCAGGCAUCCUCCAGAUCUAGAAGCGAGCCUCCCAGGGACAGGAAGAAGACCCCAGGGCUGGCCGAGCAGAAUGGCAAAGGCGCCCCAAAGGGCGAGCGCAAACGCGCGCCCAGGACCUCGGCGCCUCCCGCAGAGGCGCCCGCGGAAGAACGGGAGCGGAAGGAAAGGCGGGAAAGCCGAAGGCUGGAGAAAGGCCGGUCCCAGGACUACUCCGUCGUGCCGGAGAAACGCGAGGAAGGCCCGGUGGCUGAAGCGGAGAAGCAGCGGAAGGAGGAGGAGUACCAGACCCGGUACCGCAGCGACCCGAACCUGGCGCGGUACCCUGUCCAGCCGCCGCCCGAGGAGCAGCAGAUGCGCAUGCACGCGCGGGUGUCCCGCGCCCGGCACGAGCGGCGCCACAGCGACGUGUCCCUGGCGCGCACCGAGGCGGCCGCGGGGCCCGAGGGCAGGCCCGGCCCGCGCGCGCCCCACGCCGCCCGCGGCUCGCCGCCCGCCUCGCCGCGCGCCUACUCGGCCGAGAGGACCGCGGAGGCCCGGGCGCCGGGCGCCCAGCCGCUCGCCGACCCCAGCCCGCCGGCGCCCCGGCCAGGCCCGGGCCCCGCGGAGGUCCCGGAGCCGCUCCGGAAGCAGAGCCGCCUGGACCCCGGCUCGGCCGUCCUGGUGCGCAAGGCCAAGCGCGAGAAGGUGGAGACCAUGCUGCGCAACGACUCGCUCAGCUCCGACCAGUCCGAGUCUGUGCGGCCGUCGCCGCCCAAGCCGCACCGCGCCAAGAGGGGCGGCAAGCGGCGCCAGAUGUCCGUGAGCAGCUCAGAAGAAGAGGGUGUGUCCACGCCGGAGUACACCAGCUGCGAGGACGUGGAGCUGGAGAGCGAGAGCGUCAGCGAGAAGGGUGACUUGGAUUAUUACUGGCUGGAUCCCGCCACAUGGCAUAGCCGGGAAACAUCACCUAUUAGCUCGCAUCCUGUAACAUGGCAGCCUUCUAAAGAAGGGGAUCGAUUAAUUGGACGUGUUAUUCUUAAUAAGAGAACAACCAUGCCCAAAGAAUCAGGUGCAUUACUGGGUCUGAAAGUUGUUGGAGGAAAAAUGACUGACUUAGGACGCCUCGGUGCCUUCAUCACCAAAGUAAAGAAGGGUAGCCUUGCAGAUGUGGUUGGACACUUGAGAGCAGGGGAUGAAGUUCUAGAAUGGAAUGGUAAACCCCUGCCGGGAGCUACAAAUGAAGAAGUUUACAACAUUAUUUUAGAAUCAAAAUCAGAACCUCAAGUUGAAAUUAUUGUUUCAAGGCCUAUUGGUGACAUUCCAAGGAUUCCUGAGAGCUCCCAUCCACCACUGGAGUCCAGUUCUAGUUCCUUUGAGUCUCAGAAGAUGGAAAGGCCUUCCAUUUCUGUAAUUUCUCCCACAAGCCCUGGAGCUCUCAAAGAUGCCCCACAAGUAUUACCAGGACAACUUUCUGUUAAGCUGUGGUAUGACAAGGUGGGCCACCAACUGAUUGUCAAUGUUCUGCAAGCCACAGACCUACCCCCUAGAGUAGAUGGGCGUCCCAGGAAUCCCUAUGUAAAAAUGUAUUUUCUUCCAGAUAGAAGUGAUAAAAGCAAGAGGAGAACGAAAACAGUGAAGAAAGUCCUCGAGCCAAAGUGGAAUCAGACUUUUGUCUAUUCGCACGUGCAUCGUAGAGACUUUAGAGAACGGAUGUUGGAAAUAACCGUGUGGGACCAGCCCAGGGUGCAGGAAGAGGAGAGUGAGUUCCUUGGAGAGAUCCUCAUAGAGUUGGAAACAGCGCUUCUAGACGACGAGCCACAUUGGUAUAAACUUCAGACUCAUGACGAAUCUUCACUACCUCUGCCUCAGCCAUCGCCCUUCAUGCCGCGGCGACACCCCCAUGGUGAAAGCGCCAGCAAGAAGCUGCAAAGGUCCCAGCGAAUCAGUGACAGUGACAUGUCAGACUAUGAGGUUGAUGAUGCGAUUGGAGUGGUCCCUCCAGUAGGUUAUAGGUCUAGCACUCGAGAAAGCAAACCUUCAACAUUAACCGUGCCAGAGCAGCAGAGAACAACUCAUCACCGCUCACGGUCGGUGUCUCCUCAUCGCGGCGAUGAUCAGGGGAGGCCACGGUCACGUUUACCAAAUGUGCCAUUACAGAGGAGUUUAGAUGAAAUUCAUCCAACAAGAAGAUCACGUUCUCCAACCAGACACCGUGAUGCCUCCCGAAGCCCAAUUGAUCAGAGAAUCAGAGAAGUGGACAGUCAGUGUUUAUCAGAACAAGACAGUGAGCUUCUCAUGCUUCCCAGAGCAAAACGAGGACGAAGUGCAGAAUGCCUACACACCACCAGACAUCUUGUUAGGCACUAUAAAACAUUACCGCCUAAGAUGCCCUUAUUAGAGACCUGUUCUCACUGGGAUAUUUACAGCUCAAUUCUGCCUGCACGUACCAAAACCAAAACCCUUCACCAUGAAUGCUUUCACUCGAGAGCACUGAGGUUUACUGAUGAGAUUCUGGUUGGUGACCUGCAGCCCUCCCUUGACAGGGCGAGGAGUGCUAGUACCAACUGCUUGAGACCAGACGCUAGUUUGCAUUCACCAGAACGAGAAAGGGGUAGAUGGUCCCCCUCCCUAGAUAGGAGACGACCUCCUAGCCCCAGGAUUCAAAUCCAGCAUGCGUCUCCGGAGAAUGACAGGCACUCCAGAAAGUCUGAAAGAUCUAGCCUCCAAAGCCAGACUAGGAAAGGCACUGCCUCUGAUGCAGAAAGGGUUCUCCCACCAUGUCUUUCUAGAAGGGGAUACGCAGCCGCGAGAGCGACUGAUCAGCCAGUCCUUAGGGGGAAACAUCCCGCUCGCUCCCGCUCGAGCGAGCACCCUAGUGUCAGAACACUGUCUAUGCACCACCUUGCCCCCGGAGGGUCCGCGCCACCUUCUCCGCUCCUGACAAGGACGCACCGCCAGGCGAGCCCCUCCCGGUCCCCGCCCACGGACGCCGCCUUCAGCAGCCGCCGGGGCAGGCAGCUCCCGCAGGUGCCCGUGCGGAGCGGCAGCAUAGAACAAGCAAGCUUAGUAGUGGAGGAGCGAACGAGACAGAUGAAAAUGAAAGUGCAUCGAUUUAAGCAGACAACAGGGUCUGGUUCUAGUCAAGAACUUGAUCGCGAGCAAUAUUCCAAGUAUAGCGCACACACAGAUCAGUACAGAAGCUGCGACAACGUCUCCGCCAGAUCCUCAGACAGCGACGUCAGCGACGCGUCUGCCGUGUCCCGAACCAGCAGUGCCUCCCGCCUCAGCAGCACCAGCUUCCUGUCCGAGCAGUCUGAGCGGCCUCGGGGCAGGAUCAGUUCAUUUACCCCUAAAAUGCAAGGCAGACGGAUGGGGACUUCCGGAAGAGCCAUCACCAAGAGCACAAGCAUGAGCGGAGAGAUGUACACACUGGAGCAUAAUGAUGGCAGCCAGUCGGACACAGCUGUGGGCACCGUUGGAGCAGGUGGGAAGAAGAGGAGGUCCAGCCUGAGCGCCAAAGUGGUUGCCAUAGUGUCUCGGAGGAGCAGAAGCACAUCCCAGCUGAGCCAAACAGAGUCAGGCCACAAGAAGUUGAAAAGCACCAUCCAGAGAAGCACCGAGACAGGAAUGGCAGCUGAGAUGAGGAAGAUGGUGAGGCAGCCAAGCCGGGAGUCCACGGACGGCAGCAUCAACAGCUACAGCUCCGAGGGAAAUUUAAUAUUUCCUGGAGUGAGACUAGGCGCAGAUAGUCAAUUCAGUGAUUUUCUUGAUGGAUUGGGACCAGCCCAGCUUGUCGGCCGCCAAACCCUUGCUACGCCUGCAAUGGGUGAUAUACAGAUAGGAAUGGAGGAUAAAAAGGGCCAGUUAGAAGUUGAAGUGAUUAGAGCACGAAGCCUCACGCAGAAACCCGGCUCCAAAUCCACACCUGCUCCUUAUGUCAAAGUGUAUCUUUUGGAGAAUGGGGCCUGCAUAGCCAAGAAGAAGACAAGAAUUGCACGAAAGACCCUGGACCCUUUGUACCAACAGUCCCUGGUUUUUGAUGAAAGUCCACAGGGUAAAGUCCUUCAGGUGAUUGUCUGGGGGGACUAUGGCAGAAUGGACCACAAAUGCUUCAUGGGGGUGGCUCAGAUCUUGUUGGAGGAACUCGAUCUUUCCAGCAUGGUCAUCGGCUGGUACAAGCUGUUCCCACCGUCAUCGCUGGUUGACCCCACGCUCACCCCUCUGACCCGCCGGGCUUCCCAGUCAUCUCUGGAAAGUUCCACUGGGCCCCCCUGCAUCCGGUCCUAAUGAACUCACACCAGUAAGACUCUACCUUCAGGAUAAUAAUCUGAACCAGAUAUUUCAUGAGCAUUGUUGGAGACAGACAAUCAACCUGUGUUUUGCCUGUAGUCGUUUUUCAAUAAUAUGUCCCAAUCGUUGUUUAAAACCUGGCUUCACAUGACAGAACAAGGCAGUCUAUCAAAUACAGGAAGAGUCAACGUGCUAGAGAAUCACUGAUGCUUCUAACAAAUGAGAGAAAGGAAACUGCAAAUUCACAAACACGCACACACAUGUACACAUCAAACUGAACAAACUGGAAACUGUCACUUUUGUGAAAAGCUAUAUUUUAUGUGUUUUUUGCACAAACCACAAGGAGUGUUAUUUCCCUGGUGUUUACGUUUUGUUUGCGCGUUGUUUGUUGAUUUCAGUUGAUUUCAGAUUUGUUUUAAUUUGGUUUUCACUGCAUUUGUUGUUUCUACUCAUUUUCAGCUGUGUCAUGACAGGGCUCGUGAUGUUUACAGAGACCCUUCCUUUCUUUUUCCAAAAGCACCAAAAAAAAAGGGCUGAAGCAGUCUCUGUAGCAUCUCUGCAGAGUGUGCACCAUAAGACAAAGUGAGGCCAAUGCAGGGCUUCACUGACUUUUGCUUUAUGAUUCUUCAAGUUCUUAUGUGUAGAAACCCAGAAAAUGAAAGUUAUCUUCCAAAAACAAAUAAUCACAGAAUCACUGUUUUGAAUGGAGCUCAUGUCUGUUUGUGUUCUAAAACAUUAAUUUAUGUUUUCCAUUGUUUUGCAUGGAGGACUUUUACAGAACUGAGUCUGCAGCGAAUGCUGGGAACUAACCUAAAUGCAUCGUUGUACCGUGGAAACACUCCUUGUAAUGCCUUUUCCUUCCUGACAUCCAAAAUAAAAGCAAGUAUAUGCUCAUGUGUACAAACCAUAUGUUUGACUUCCCAAAAUGGUGACUAGAAGUGUAGGCUUAGUACCCGUCCUGGCAAGAACAUGGUAUGGGCUAUUAAUAUUCCACUGGAAAUUUCAUUUGAAAUAUUCCACACUAAUGAUUUUUAUCAAAUUUUAGUUUACAUUUCUUUGAAAUUGAUGCAAGCACAACGCUUGUUUUUUUAAUGCAAAGUAUCUUACUUUGGGGUGGGGGAAAUAAAACAAAGUCCAGUUCAAUUUGCAUUUUCUUCAUCCGAGUUUUUCUUGGCCUUGAAUUCCCUUGUGACCUUCUGUAUCUGUGCUAACAACUGCAGACUCUGCAGGUGCAUCGAGACCUUCUCCCUCCUUUUAUGAGUCCCUCCGCUUUUGUGACUCCACAAAUAGAGCAGCAUGACUUGGAACUGUUCAAAGCUGCAUGCACGUUUUAUUAAAAAAAAAAAAGGAUAAAGAGAAAAAAAAAAGAAAGGAAAAAAGAAAAGAAACAAAAGGUUAUUUAAUAAUGUGUGUUAGUUCCACAUAGGCCAGCUUGUAUGUUGCAUGGACUUGUACAGUUUGCUUGUUAAUUACUCUGCUGAAAUAACCAAGAAAUUUAAGCCAUCCGUUUUUGUCAUAGACAUUUUGCAAAGUUUUAGCCAGACUCCAUCUGUGAGUCUGAGGUGAAAUGUCUAUAGAUGGACUUUAUUUUUUACCCUCUGGAAAAUGUGAUGUAGUAUGGACCAAAUUCCUUCUAAUAAAUAUUUUGGUGUAGAUUCCUCCUGUGGGGCUGUAACACAUGUAGACACUGUGUACACAUAGGUUUUAAUCCAUAGACAUACUGCCUGCACCAAGUGAAUUAUUUAUUAUUGACACACACCAGAAUGACCUGCCCAUUGUUCCCAGGGCACAGAUUGACCACGGGUCACCAUGCUGAGCAGGAAGGACUGAAGCAUUGGUGUACUUCUGCUAGAUACCGUUCUGUCUUAGUGGCCAACAAUCAACUGAUUCUAAUUGGGUAGUAUCUUUCUAUUUGACCACUUGUCUUAACACUUCCCUGUGCUUUUAAAUGAACUUCCAACUCAUGUAUGUAAACAUGUUUAAUAAAAUUUACUUUUCAUGUCAGUCUACAGCCAUCUGUGUUCUGUGUUGUGCCAGGUAUUCGUUGUGGGUUCCACUGGGCAAGAUGGGAGCUGGAUCGCGGGAAGGGAGGGGGGAUUUGUCAUCUGCUGGGGGCACUUGACUUGUCACUGCACAAAUGUGUGUCUUCAUCUCCAGCCCAAAGGGUACUUUGCAUCACAUACAAUUGUUUUACUCUGUCAGCCUGUCUGAAGUGAGCACAUGAGUUUACUUCUGAAAAGUGGCAUUACUGAAAACAAUAAAUCUCAGUAAGAAUCAAACAGAAGAUUGUUUUUCUGCUGCUCUUUAAGUGUGCUGUUGUCCAACUGCCAAAUCAUUUCAAGCGUGUGAUAUGUCAAAAUAUCAAUUCCUGCACCUGUUACCAAAGCAUCUGGUUCCUCUUUCCAUUGGUUCCUUCUGGACCCUUGACUGAUUCAUAGAAACUUGCUUUAGGGUUGGUCAACUUAAACCAAACAAUAUGUUAUAUCAUCUCCAACAGAAUCUUAGAGAAUAAAUAUAUCUUCAAUGAUAAUAGCUGAGUCUCCAAAAGUAGUAUGUUAAAUAAAAUUUGUUGGCUUUA